UCCACUGUCAUUGCUCUUGUUCUUGUUCGGCAUUAUUAGCAAAAGUUUUCCAAAAGUCAUCUAGCUGGUUUAAUAUUUCGACCGACCUUACCAUUAUAAAGAUAAAUAAUAGGAAAUAAAUAAAAUGCCAUCACUGGAGGUAAAUGUAAACAAGGUGAUUGUGCACCCACUGGUGCUGCUCUCUGUUGUGGAUCACUUCAACCGUAUGGGCAAAAUCGGAAACCAGCGUCGAGUUGUCGGUGUGUUACUGGGUUGUUGGCGUUCAAAAGGCGUACUUGAUGUCUCCAACAGUUUUGCUGUACCUUUUGAUGAGGAUGACAAAGAUAAGUCGGUGUGGUUUUUAGAUCAUGAUUAUUUGGAAAACAUGUAUGGCAUGUUCAAGAAAGUAAAUGCACGCGAGCGUGUUGUCGGUUGGUAUCAUACCGGUCCUAAACUACAUCAAAAUGAUAUUGCCAUAAAUGAGUUAAUACGUCGCUAUUGCCCCAAUUCGGUGCUGGUGAUAAUUGAUGCGAAGCCCAAAGAUUUAGGUUUACCAACUGAAGCGUACAUUGCAAUUGAAGAGGUGCACGAUGACGGUUCGCCAACAAGUAAAACCUUCGAGCAUGUGCCCAGCGAAAUUGGUGCCGAAGAAGCCGAGGAAGUGGGCGUUGAACAUUUGCUGCGCGACAUUAAAGACACCACAGUCGGUAGUCUCUCACAGAAAAUUACCAACCAAUUAAUGGGCUUAAAAGGCUUGAACGCACAAUUGCAUGACAUUAAACACUAUUUGCAACGUGUUGGUGAUGGCAAAAUGCCCAUCAAUCAUCAAAUUGUCUACCAGCUGCAGGAUAUCUUCAACUUAUUACCCGAUAUUACGAGUGAACAAUUUACCGAAACUAUGUACGUUAAAACGAACGAUCAAAUGCUGGUCGUCUAUUUGGCGUCCAUGGUGCGUUCCAUCAUUGCAUUGCACAAUCUCAUCAAUAACAAAUUGACGAAUCGUGAUGCGGAGGAAGGUAAAAAGGCGGACAAGGAAGCGGAAAAAGAGAAAGAGAAAAAUAAGGAUAAAGAUAAGGAGAAGGAUGGCAAAGAUGUUAAGGACAAGGACAAAAAAACCGAUGAUAAAUCUGCUAAAAGCACAGAAGACAGUGGUAAGGGUGGUAAGAAAUAGGAACGAAAGAACAGGAAGAAACCACACCGUAAGAAGAAGAAAAAUAAGAAAAACCACUAGAGCCUGAAUGGUCAACCUACAGCGUAAGAAAGUAAUUGCAAAAUAAUAAAAAAAAAAAAAACAAUUACUUAAGAAUUUAUAUGUUGAAGUAAAGAGCAGCAGCCGAAACCAUAAAAGUUAAAUUGAAAAAACAAAAAAUGAUAUUUAAUUCGUACAUUUAUGCAUACACUUCUACAUGUACAUUUUAAGUUUCGUAAAUGUUACGCAAGUACUUUACAAAUAUACAAUAUAAUGAAAAUUAAAAAAAUAAAAACAAAUAUAAAAAUAA